GUCUCGGAGUGGAGAGCAGAGACUGUCAGUCGCCAGCUCUCUGCUCUACUCCUUUCACUACUCAAUGGAGCACCAGGCUGGAGAGGGGAGCGGGAGCAGCUGGCUUUGGCUCACAGCUGUGCACUGAGAGCCGGAGCUAGAUGUCAAUCAGGCAACUGGGUGAAUCUCGACAAAAUGGUCGGGAUCAUUCCAGAGCCUGGAGUGGCUCUGUACCAUCAGCUGACAGCAUGCUAUUACCCACAGUAAGCCAACUCUGGUCACAGGAGGGUAAAAAUAUGAGCACUUCUGUGAUCCAAAAGAGAACCUGUCCCUUUUUUCAUUAGGGGAAGCUGCAGAUUCUUCUGGAAAGUUUUCAUCGGUGUCACUCAGGAGGACUUUGUCUCUUUCAGGCAGUAUUUGAUCAGUGAUGGAGCCGGGCAGCAUGGAGAACCUCUGUAUUCUGUACCAGAGUCCGGACUUCCUGGUGGUGAACAAGCACUGGGACAUUCGCAUAGACAGCAAAAUGUGGUACGAGAAAGUGACAGUACAGAGCCAGCUGAAGCAGCGAUUCCCCGAGCUGGCUGAUCCGGACACCUAUUAUGGGUUCAGGUUCUGCCAUCAGCUGGACUUCUCUACUAGCGGGGCUUUGUGCGUCGCCCUUAGCAAAGAAGCGGCAGGACGGGCGUACAAGUGUUUUAAGGAGCGCACGGUCACCAAGGCUUACCUGGCACUGGUCAGGGGCAGUGUUACACAGAGCUGCAUGACCAUCACACUGGCCAUUGGUAAGAACACACAAGAGGGGCUCACACACAUGAUGUGUGUGGAAGGGACUGAAGGGUGUGAGAAUGAAAAGACUUGUCAGACUUAUCUGACCGUCCUACAGCAUGGAUUAUACAAGGGAGAACCUGUCACCAAAGUUUUGUUACAGCCAUUGACUGGCCGGACGCACCAGCUUAGAGUCCACUGCAGUGCCCUGGGCUAUCCCAUCGUGGGAGACUUUACCUAUAGCUUUAAGAAGGACACUGAGCCGUAUAGGAUGAUGCUGCAUGCCUACUACCUACGUAUCCCCACCGACCACGAGCUUAUCGAAGUCACGGCUCCUGACCCCUUUCAGCCAGAAAUGGACCCCAACUGGACACCGACAGAAACUAUGAAGAGCCUGAGUGAAGCCAUGGCUAACCUUAUCAACAAGGCCUUCUCUAUGGAGAGUCCUGAACCAGAAGGCAAGGCUGAGCCACCGAAGCCAGUGGAGAAAAAAAUGGAGACAGAGGAGGAGAGCGCUGUGUGCCAACAGUGGCUGGCGGAGUGGCCUGGGGAAUAACCUGUUGUAAUCAAGUUGUGUUUUUUUGCAUUGUAGCCAAUGCCACAAGGUACAAAACCGUGCCGCGCACACCAGACUUCAUCUUCCGUUUUUAAUUUCCGGAAAUGAAGCCGUAACAUCUUAGCAAUAGUUUAUCCACCUCUGGUUCAGCCACAGCUGUAGGACCACAGUGCACCGCUCGAUGGCAUCUUUGGUGUCAUAGAUGCUCACCAGCAAUACUCCAUUUACUGCUGCUAGGGUAAUUUUAAUGCUUUUUACCAAGCCCCGGGUGGCAUAGCAUAGGAGAAUAUCGCAUGCCAGGGGUCGUUUAUUUUAAACAACGUCUUAAAUUUGUUGUUAAGACUAGGGUUGCUUUUAUGUUGUAAAUUUUUAAAUCUUGCUCCACCUAACCACAGGGGAAGGAUAUGUUUUUAUGGACAGUGCCAGAGGCACUUCAGUGGUGGGGUGUAUGGAGUUUCAGCGAUGGCAAUGGUUUUCACUGAAGUCACAGGCUGCCUCUGCAGUGAUGUCACCACUUUCUAGUAAAUUCAAAGUCUGCCUUCUUUGCUGGUCUCCAAUGGAUCCUUAGGCUGCCUUUUCAGUGAUGUCACUGGUGUGCAGUAAAUUUGUAGGGCGCCUCUGACUCUUCAAUUAUGUCACUGCAUUAUAUUCGAUUCAUAGGCUGCCUCUGCAGUGAUUUAAUUUAUUUUCAAUUAAUUCCUAGGCUGCCUUUAUAGUGACAUCAUUGGUUUCCAGUGAAUUCAUAGGCUGCCUCUGCAGUGAUGUCAGUGGGGUAGAUUCAGGU